ACAAUUGCAGAUAUCAUCCGAACAUGUUUAGGACCUAAAUCUAUGAUGAAGAUGCUUUUGGACCCAAUGGGAGGCAUCGUGAUGACCAAUGAUGGCAAUGCCAUCCUUCGAGAGAUUACCAUGGCAUCUUUAUUUUUUCCAGCGGGAGAAAUGCUGUCUGUGGCUGAGCAUUUCCUAGAGCAGCAGAUGCACCCAACAGUGGUGAUCAGUGCUUACCGCAUGGCACUGGAUGAUAUGAUCAGCACUCUAAAGAAAAUCAGCACCCCUGUUGAUGUUAAUAACCGUGAGAUGAUGCUGAACAUCAUCAAUAGUUCAAUUACUACUAAAGUAAUCAGUCGGUGGUCUUCUUUGGCUUGCAACAUUGCCUUGGAUGCUGUCAAGACUGUACAGUUUGAGGAAAAUGGCCGGAAGGAGAUUGACAUCAAGAAAUACGCAAGAGUGGAAAAGAUACCUGGGGGCAUCAUUGAAGACUCUUGUGUCUUACGAGGAGUCAUGAUUAACAAGGAUGUGACCCAUCCACGAAUGAGGCGCUAUAUCAAGAACCCUCGUAUUGUGCUGCUGGAUUCUUCUUUGGAGUACAAGAAAGGAGAAAGCCAGGUAAGAUUUCUAUCACUGUUCCUUAAAGUGGAAUCUGAUAUUUACAAGGACAAAAGAGAUGAGAAUUAG